GGAAAAGUUAUUCUGCUUGUGUUUAUCAUGCAAUGACUGAGAAUCAUCAACUGUAAUGUAAUCGCUACAUACAAUUUGCAUGGCUUGAGUUCUGCAACUAGUAUUAGCAGUACAGAGGAUCCAAGUGGUCAACCAACUUUAGAAUUUCCAGCCGCUACUGCAGAGAAGCCAACAUUUGAAACAGAAGGUUUAAAAUUUGUUGAAGGACAGUACCUUACCUUUUCUGGAUACUUCGAUAACCAAGGAGCAGACUACUUUACCGUGAACAUCUGGAUAAAGAGAAAUAAUUAAGAAGCUUUAUGACUUUAUGCGUGUGGGAAAUAAUUUUACAACGGCCGGGUAUGCACAAGGAGUCGGUGAAAUAUCAGGAGUGACUGACAACGAUGGGAGCCACGCCAACGUAAUGGUUAAUGGAGCUACAGUCAGCGGAAUCAGUGAGAAUUUCUUAGAGGACACAUGGAGCCUAAUAGGAUUCGGAUGGGGAAAAGACCAGGGCUACUUAAAAGUAUCCUGCUCGACUGGUGGGGCAUGAGCUGGCCAUAAUAAUAACAUGACUCACACAGUGUCGUCUUGGAACACUCCUGGUACCUACUUCAUCGGAGACUACUUGGGCAACUGUCAGAGUGGCUGUGAGUACAUUGUCCAUAGUAUCAGAGUGUUCUCGUCUGAACUGCCUGGAGUUGCUGAAGACUUGUACGGAGCUGUCUACAAUGAGUGGUAUUCUCAGUGAGGCAGUGGCACAAGAGAAGGAGGUGAGAGCUGUGACGAUGGCAACUAUAACAAUGGGGAUGGCUGCAGUUCUCUAUGAGCGAUUGAAACUAGGUGGACGUGAUCUGGAGGAGAUACCUCCAAUCCAGACACUUGCUCUGAUGACUGUGGAGAUGGAUUUGUUGUAGCUCCAAUAUCAACAUAUUGAGAUGAUGGCAACACAGAUUCGAACGACGGGUGAAGCUCAACAUGCCAGCCAGAAUCUGGGUGGACUUGCACACUAGGAGACUCUUCAACAGCAAGUUUUUGCACCGACAUUUGCGGAGAUGGGAAAGUUAUGAACCCAACUGUUGGAUAUUGAGAUGAUGGUAAUACAGAUGAUGGAGAUGGCUGAUCAGCUACCUGAGCUGUUGAGCUAGGGUAUGUGUGUAGUGGAGGUAACACAACUUCUAGCUCAGUUUGUACAGCUAGCUCUACUAGUGCAGCUUGUUCUGUUGAGAACUGCUCUAAAUGAGUUUCAAAUCAACUUACUAAAUGAGAAACCUGUAAUGAGGGUUUUGAGGUUAAAGAAGAUAAAUGUAGUGAAGUAAAGAAAGAAGAUGAAACUAUUUCUGCUGCUUCAGCUAUUUCUACAUCUCAAGCAACUAUAGCAGGGAUAAUGGCAGCUGUCACGAUCAGCUCGCUUGUCAACAUGUCUCCUCUCACAGUUAUGUGGGCAAUGGCCAAUCAAGUUCAGCUUUUGUUGCUACUCUUACUUACCAAAAGCAAUAUGCCUGACAAAAUAGUGGAGUUUCUCACUUCAAAUGAGUUUAUGUCUUUCUCAUUCGGAUUUUUAAACUUCUUCACAGGAAUUCCUGGACUCAGCACUAUAAAAGAACGUUUCUACAAAGAUCAAGACUUUCCUCGUUUGUCAACUCUUGGACUUGAGUCAGGAAGCACAUUCUACAAUGUAUUCAACACUAUGUUUAUGCUGAUGUUACUGAUUCCUGCCCACAUAGGAACUUUGCUGCUGCCCAAGUGCAAACAAGCUGCAUAUUCAGAGUCCAAAGUUAAAGUCAAGUGUGGAAAGGCUUACACUUCUCUGAAAGAUUUUCUGUAUGAACUGUUCCACUUCACAAUUUAUCUGAGAAUAUUGCUGGAAGCAUACCAGUUCAUGAUGCUGUCUUCGGUCUCUGAGAUUUACAGGAUGCAAUACAAUGAACUUGCUUCAUUCUCGGCUUGAUGCAUUGUGCUUGUGAUUUGAUUUCUGAUUCUCUGCUUGACUUACUACAUGUAUUGGAGCACCAAGAAGUUCUAUGACGAUGAGCAACACUAUCACUGCAAAGAGUUAGUCAGAGGCCUCAAGAACACAAAGAAUGCAAGAAAAUACUCGUUUUAUUUGUUGCUGAGACGCUUUGUUCUGAUAUCUUGGCUCAUCGGGAUGAAAUCAUUCAGCAAAUAUUACCUGAUUCUGUUCCUUUGUUCCUUCCAACUGUUCUACCUUGCAAGAAUGGUCUACUUCAGGCCUUACAAAGAGGCAGUUGACAACUGAGUAGAAAUUACAAAUGAAGUAUUCUUCACAGUUCUGUGUUGAGCUCUUGUGCAUCUGAAUACGACAGAUGCAUGGAAGGGAGCAAGCACUGACAUAUACAUGUGGGUCUUACUAUCAAAUACUUUUGCUGUAGGAAUAAUAAUGCUUAUUGAUUUGUUCAAAGGAGUUGUUAUCAAGUUAAGAAAGAAGUGCACUAAAAAAGAUGUAAUUAAGCCUAAGCCUAAACCAAAAGUGCAAGAGAAGCGCAAUAAUUCUCCUGUAAUUGGUGAACCAAGAAAACACACAAAGCAGAGUAAUGCAAAGUCCGACACCAUGUCACUCUCCAGAUUCUCUGCUAACCAAAUGCUAUCAACACCCUCCAAAGACAUGAACCAAAUCAAAGCGCCUCACCACGAAAUCACGAUUAAAAAACUGGACAUAAUAAAAGAAAUCCCUACAAAAAGGGCCAACCUGAUAUAA